AUGCGUGUAGCCGGAGAGAGUACUUCUCACACCUCAGCAGCAGGUGAUUCGUCGCCUGCUGCUGUGAACAGUCCACGUGGUGAGUCACUACGUGCGACAGGUACAUCCGUUGCGUCUGCAGCGGGUACCACGAGUCGUAAACAAGACGAGUUUGAAAUAGAGCUCAUCUAUUCCGGCGAGUCAGAUGAUGUAUCCGACUCGAAGACGACACCUCACACUUCCGGAUCACACGGGGCGGACACUGCAAGAGCCAGGUUGACUGGCUCUGGUCAACAUGGCGGCAUCAUGCUCGAGAUCUUCGUAUCGAGCGAUUGUUCCGAUGAAUCCUCGCCUCACGCGAGUCCAUCCACCGAUACAACGCGUGGGGAAGGUGGUGAUGCACCUAUACAUCACCACGAGAGAAGCAACUCGAGGGAUCGAGCUGUCACUAGUAUCAGUGCUCAUGCUGGCACCAAUCAAGAGGCCAGGGACCGAAAUGUCUUGCGCCACGCUCCCCACGUGGAGUCCGUGGAUGCCGCCAUCCAGAGAGUUGGACCGGUUGGCCGGCAUGACUACCGAACGGGAUCGAAUCCCGUUGUUCGGUCGCAGGAAGAUUUGUCCACCUAA